UAUACUGCCACCAUUUUAUAUUCCCUUUCUGGUGGGAAAACACGUACUGUGAAUUGUGAAUAAAUCCGUACGUUGCUUAAAUCGACAUGGGCAAAUUGUGCUUCAUCGUUUUGUUUGUGAGUCUGCCGAGUACUUGCGUUAACCUCAUCGAGGCUGGCUUACCUUUUAAUAAGAGAGAUCAACAGGACGUUUCUAUCACCAAUGUUGGCCAAAUGGGUAAAAUGACGUCAUGCACCACCGGCCUGAGUCUCAUCGAAAGUGCACGAGCUUACACUGGUUACGGGUGUUACUGUGGAUUGGGAGGCGCCGGGAACCCGCUGGAUGCAACAGACGACUGCUGUUACUUUCAUGACAAAUGCUACGACCAAAGUCCAUGCUCGUACCGACAGACGUACACCAUCCGCUACCAAAUGACCACGAGUUCGUGUGGGAGCGACGAUGCAACCGUGACAUGCAAGACAGCCUCGGACUAUCCUGGGUAUGAUGGAGACGAGAAGGAAUGCGCUCUGACGAUCUGUAACUGCGACAAAGAUCUCGCCUACUGCCUCGCGGAGGCACGGUCAACCUAUAACGAGGCUUAUCGCAACUGGAGCAACUCCGAAUGCUAGACCUUGGACCGACUGAUAGCCACCCUCCCUGUCUCAUAAAGGAACGUGCUAUUUAUUUGCAUCAUGCAGCUAAAAAAAAAAAGACGAUACCGAUUUUAUUCUCUGCUCCCUUAAUUUUUAUGAAAAAAAAUUAAGCCUAUAUCCAAAGUGGAGGGUUGAAGUAGCAGGGUCCUUGCAACAACUUUUCUUUCACAUUUUGAAUAUCUUUCUGCUAAUUUAAAUGUAUGAAAACCGUCACCUUUUAUUAACUUUAGUGAAGAGUGCACACUUUGGAAGAUUUCAGUUUGACUCGUGCUUUUCCUUUCUAAGAUUUCAAUUUGACCCAUGCUUUUCCAGAUCAUGGAUGACAAUGAUCGUUGUGAUGUCAUCUCAGGAAGACCCUGUUUAUUUGGGGUGUUCUGUUCAAAUAACCUACAUCCAUGUACUGUCAUCAACUGAAAUAGUAUCCAGUCCCAAAAAGAGAAAACUGAAUGCAACAAAGUCUCAAAAAUUCUGGCCGAAUAUAGUACUGAAAUAUCUAUAACAGCACGACUUCUUCCUGAUUUAACAUUAAAUUGUUUGCUUAAUAUAAACAUACAGAACUAGUUACAUCGGCAAAAAAGUAUUUUUGAAGUAUCUAAAAAUGCCCUUAAAAUUAUGAAAUUUCAAAUUAAUGUUAAAUGGAACACAAAAUUGCAAGAUAAGAAUCACGCUGUGUGAACUAUUACAUUACAUACUGUUAAAUCAGAAGAAUUAUUCGAAAACGCAACCUUAAAUCAUAUGCGUAAUUUAUGCGUAAUUACAGUCUAUUCAACGUUGAACUUGACACCCUGUAAGAAAAGGCUGAAAUCUGAAUACUAGUAGCUCCGUACAUCAGUUGAAUACAUGUACAAUUCUUCAGUAGGUACAAGGAAGUAUAUCGUCGCAGUGCAUUGUUGUACUUACACAUCAAACUCGUGAAACAAUUGUUUCAAAAUUCUCUUUAGAGUUUCAUUAAAUAUACAAUACAAUAAAUUAUUUAAAACAGGUUUGUACGAAUUGAUUGCUGCAAUCAUCGAAUUAAAGUCUACACAGCAGCUUUAAA